GUUCCCGUAAAGCAGGUGACGCCUGUCAUCACCAACGCAAAAUCUCUCUAACUUUCUCUCUCUAUAAAUACAAUACAAAAUCUUCUCUGAAUAUUUCUCAAUCUCAUUCACUUCAACUAAUUCUCUCUCUACCUCUCAUUUUAUUUUUGUAUUUUUCUUGCUUCACAAACCAUGCACCACCACCUUCUAAUUAUAUCCUCAGUAUCAUCACCAUUAUUAUCAGCUUCUUUAGCUCAUCACCAACUAUUUACAAUGCUCCUUCUUUUUUUCUUCUUCCUCAUUCUUCUUCUUCUUCAUUGCCGGCGCCGGCGUCACUCCAAUGAUCACCGGCGACUGCCUCCUGGCUCUAUGGGCUGGCCUUAUAUUGGCGAAACUCUCAAACUCUACACUGAAAAUCCCAAUUCUUUCUUCUUCAACCGCCAAAAACGGUAUGGAGACAUAUUCAAGACGCAUAUAUUGGGAUGUCCAUGUGUGAUGAUUUCAAGUCCAGAAGCAGCAAAAAUUGUUUUGGUGACGAAAGCUCAUUUAUUUAAGCCAACUUAUCCAAUAAGUAAAGAAAAAAUGAUAGGCCCCGAAGCUUUAUUUUUUCAACAAGGUGUCCAUCAUUACAACUUAAAAAAGUUGGUUCAAUCUUCUUUUUUACCUUCUGCUAUAAGAAAUUCUGUUUCUCAAAUUGAGCAGAUUGUUUUAUCUUUUCUGCCUUGUUGGAAAAAUCAGUCCACCAUCAAUACUUUGCAAGAAAUGAAAAGGUAUGCUUUUGAUGUGGCAAUGAUUUCUGUGUUUGGAGAAAAACAAGAUCAGUUGGAAAUGGAAGGAAUUGAACAUUUGUAUAGCUGUCUUGAAAAUGGCUACAAUUCCAUGCCUUUGGAUUUGCCUGGAACUCCCUUUUACAAAGCUAUGAAGGCAAGGAAGCAACUUAAUGUGAGAUUGAAGAAAUUGAUUGAGAAGAGAAGGCAAAGUGGAAAACAAGGAGGAGGAUUGCUUGGAGUAUUAUUGGAUGAGAAAAAUAAUAAAUUAAAUGAUUCUCAAAUUUGUGAUAAUAUAAUUGGAGUCAUUUUUGCUGCUCAUGAUACAACUGCAAGUGUCCUCACAUGGCUUCUCAAAUACUUACAUGAUAAUCAAGAUCUAUUACAAGCUGUUACUCAUGAACAAGAAGAAAUUAGACAAGAAAUAAUUGAGGCAAAUCGUAGACUUACGUGGGAUGAUACCAAGCGCAUGCCAUUGACUACCAGGGUGAUUCAAGAAACGCUAAGAGCAGCGAGUAUAUUAUCAUUUACAUUCAGAGAAGCAGUAGAAGAUGUAGAAUUUGAAGGCUAUUUAAUUCCAAGAGGCUGGAAAGUUUUGCCUCUUUUUAGAACCAUUCAUCACUCUGCAGAUUAUUUUCCUCAGCCCCAAAAAUUUGAUCCUUCAAGAUUUCAGGUGCCACCUAGACCUAACACGUAUAUGCCAUUUGGCAAUGGAGUUCAUUCUUGUCCCGGCAGUGAACUAGCCAAGCUUGAGAUGCUCAUUCUCAUUCACCAUCUCACUCUCACUUACAGGUGGCAAAUUGUGGAAGAAGAGGAUGGAAUACAAUAUGGGCCUUUCCCAGUACCAAAGAGGGGUUUGCCUAUAAGAGUAACCCAUAGGCCCAGAAGCAGCAAAUUAUUGGCAUAAAUCCAACAUUUCAGUAUUAUUUAGUUUAUUUUAGGUUUCAUCAACCUUUAAUGGUUUGAUGCAUUUCUUGCUGUAACAUAUAGUGGAAGAAAUGGGAAUAUUAACAAAACAAAAAAAGUAAUUCAAAUUUGUUUAAUUGAGGAUCAAAUUUGAGUAGUAGUGAAUGUAAAUGAUGUAACCAAAUGGGAAUCAGCCACGUGGCAUGUACAUCCACGUCAGAGUCGGAGAAAAAAAUUAACGGUUGGGGGAGUUCUAACUAGAAAAUUUUCCAAGUCGAUUUCAUAUCAUAAAAUGUAAUAAAAAUUGUAUGUAUGUCCAUUAAAUUCAAACAUGUAUCUCUCUUAUUAUUAUAGACUCUAGCAGCGCGUUAUUAAA